ACCUGCUACUGGUUUCCCAUCCCACACACACACACACACACACACACACAGCCGCAGUCAGACAGACUGUCUCUGCCUGCGCAGAAACGGCAGCAGGGAAAACAAACUACUCCCGCGCCGCUUACAAACCAACAACUGUCGUGGAAGUGGAGUCGACGCGAUGGUAAACACCAAAGGCUACCGUUUAGACUAAGACAGCUCACAGUGAGGAAGAGGCUGCCGAAAAGUGUCUGAACUGUGACAACAGCUGGACAAAUUAACCGAAGGAUUCGAGGACCGCACGUGGAAAUCACCGCUGAAACACAUCGGAGGAGUGGAUCUCGUCCUCUCCCCUUAAACUGUUCGUCAGUGGUUCACUCCUGCCAACUUCAGAGAUGAGUGCCAAGUCAGCCAUCAACAAGGAGGUCUUCAUACCCCAUGAUGAGAAGAUGCUUGCUGCAGUGCAGGUGAAGCGGAGGACCAAGAAGAAGAUCCCCUUCCUGGCCACUGGUGGUCAAGGAGACUACAUGACUUUCAUCUGUGUCUCAGUGACAAAUAAGAAACCCUCCCAUGUAUCAAUCACCAAGGUGAAGCAGUUUCAAGGUUCUUCUGCCUUUAUGAAAAGGUCACAGUGGACACUCGACCAGCUACGGCAGGUCAACGGCAUUGACCUGAACAAAGACUGUCCAGAGUUUGAUCUGAUGUUCGAAAACGCUUUUGAUCAGUGGGUUGCUAGUUCAGCAGGGGAGAAGUGCACCUUCAUCCAGAUUCUUCACCACACCUGCCAGCGCUACAGCUCUGCACGGAAACCAGAUUUUGUGAACUGUCAGUCCAAACUGCUGGGAGGUAACAGUAUACUACACUCGGCUGCAGACAGUGUGACGAGUGCUGUACAGAAGGCCAGCCAGGCUCUGAAUGAGCGCGGCGAGCGAUUAGGUCGGGCUGAGGAGAGGACCGCGGACAUGAUGAACAGUGCUGAACAGUUCUCUGUUACAGCACAGAAGCUUGCCAUGAAGCACAAGUGUUAGACCACUGCCAAAACCAACUGGGCUGGGGGGGGGGUCACCAAUCGCCAGUCGCUGUACAGGAGAAGGAUUCCACAUUUUAUUCUUUUUAAAAGAUUUAAUAUGAUUACUAUUUGUUAACAAUGUUACAUUUUAAUUCAAUGUCUUGGGUUGUUGUAUUCCGGUGCAUCUUCUGAUGGCGAAGCACUGAGCAGGGGGAUGAGAGGUACAUCUGAACAACGCUACUUCAGACUGUCAGCCGAAUGUUUCAUGCAUCUGUUUGCCCAACAGUCAAAGGCCAGGACUGUAUUUGAUAACCCCGGCCACUCAAAACACUUCCCCUUUUCAUAUGCACAGACACUAAUGUGAGAGCACACAUGUUGACAAGUCAUUAUCAGCAAUCACUCCAAGACAAGCAACAGCUUGUCUCACCGUUAUUAAUUGUUGAGUUAUUUAUGAGCACUGCAGUGAUUAUGCAGUCUGAUUUAUGAGUGACAGAGCCUCUCAUGGGUUUCACAGGUGUGACUUUGGAUUGGGUGGUAAUAUACCACACAAAUAUGAAAGACAUACUUACCUGCCUCGAUUUUUGCUUAGGUUGUACCCAGGCAAGUAUUUUGGCAACACAUUUUGGAGAGUGGGAUGUCAGAUGUAAGGAAUAAUGACAUCAGUGGAGAACAUUACUGUAACACCACUCCUGAACAUCCAUAAAUUUCUUUUCAAUUGAAUGUUUCUUCUCCUUUGACUCUUUGACAUUAGAGUCUUUUGGGAUGCUGUUCUGUCCAUCAUUUCAAAAUGUUUUCAACCUAUUUUAUGAACGGCAUAUGAAGCUAAAUAGAGUAGUUUGUGUGAAACGAUAUAUAAAAAAAAAAAAAUGAAAUAUUUGACUCCUCUGUUAGAGUUGACUACCAUUCCACAACAACCAAAACUACAUUGAAUACAGUUGCCAACAUUUUUGGAAGUGAACUUGAAGAACUCUGUUUUGAAAAUAAGCUUUUUGAUUUUAUUAACUAGCUUCUGCUUUGUAAAAAAGGUAAAAAUGUAAUUCUUCUAGUACUAUUAUCCCUCUGUCUGUAGAGCUAUUUUGUCCAAUGAACAUGGGAUGUUUUGAAAUGACUCCUGGCUGUAUUUCAACUUUAAACAUUCAGUCAAACCUUAUGCUUUUUGUAUUAUUUGGGUUGUUCAUUAUAAAGAUGUCUACUGACAAAAUGUCUCCAAUAGCUGCAGCAGUGUGUAGUAGUUAAUUUUUUGUCAGUGCUCUCACACUGACCUUGGCUUCUCACCGGCAAGAUACCGUCCUCACAAUCGAGAUGUAUUUAAUUCUUUUCAUAUUUUGAAUUUUAUAAUUCACAAUGUUACAAUGCACUGACAACCUUAUCUUGCAGAGCACUGUUGAGUUCAUACAGAAACGUUCCAGUUGCCUAACUCUUGGUGUGCUUUUAUUCCUCUCUCUAACACUUUAGACGUUCUUUGUUUUAAUAAAGAAAUAUAUAAAAAGAUAUCGUCAGUGUCUUUUUUU